AUGUCGUUAUCGAUGCUGUCCAAACUGAUAGCGUUUUUGCAAGAUGACAUCAUGUUCAACAAGACGAUGCGCUUGUGGCUUUCCGCUGUGUGCUCACUGUGCUUUUAUGGAAUGUGUCGAAUCAACGAAAUACUCCUGAUGAAGAAGGGCGACAUUCAAUUGGGGCUUCAACGCAAGUCGCGUAAGGAUGGCACUCUGAUCAGAUUUGGCUGUUUUACGAUACGCGACAGGAAGACAGAUCACGACCCUCUGGCAAGUCGGACGUAUUCGCUUCACCGGCUACCGAAAGAAGAGGAAGCUGCCCACGCCGUGACGUUCGUUAACCGUUGGUUCGACCACGCGCCUGUUUCUCUACACCACAAUUGGCGUGAUAGUGACUAG